AUGUCACGCGUUGUGACCCCGUUUUUCUUGGCUACCUUGGUUCCAUUGGUCGCUGGCCACGGUCAUAUAUCGAACAUUGUGAUCAAUGGGGUCUCUUAUGAAGGAUGGGAUAUUAAUGUGUUCCCAUACGAGUCCGAUCCUCCGGCUGUCAUAGCAUGGGGCACCCCGAACACAUCGAAUGGAUUUAUUACUCCUGACCAGUACAAUUCGACUGAUAUUAUUUGUCAUUUGAGUGCGACAAAUGCAAAGGGUCAUGCGCCGGUAGCCGCCGGUGACAAGGUUAAUCUUCAGUGGACAGCAUGGCCCGACACACACCAUGGGCCAGUCAUCACUUACCUUGCCAACUGCGGAGAUUCUUGCGAGACAGCAGACAAAACAACACUCGAGUUCUUCAAAAUCAGUGCUGUCGGACUGGUCGAUGACACAGAUGUUCCUGGAGCGUGGGGAGAUGAUCAGUUGAUUGCCAAUAAUAACAGUUGGUUGGUUGAGAUUCCACCAACCCUGAAGCCUGGCUAUUAUGUCUUGAGAAAUGAGAUUAUUGCACUGCAUAGCGCGGAAGAGGUGGAUGGAGCCCAGAACUACCCUCAGUGCAUUAAUUUGCAAGUGACAGGCUCAGGGACUGCCGAGCCCUCCGGUGUUCUAGGAACCGAUCUGUAUAGGUCUACGGAUGCCGGCAUUUACGUCAAUAUUUACUCCUCUCUGUCGACAUAUGAUAUUCCUGGACCUACACUCUUUAGCGGCGCCGUAUCUAUCACACAGUCUUCUUCUUCCAUUACCGCGUCUGGAACCCCAGUAACUGCCAGUGGAUCUGCUAGUGCUGCUCAAACUACAACAUCGGGGGUGACUUCCACUACAAGUACCGCCAUCACCACAUCACAAAUUUCGGCCACAAGUACAUUUACUACUUUGCAAACAACGACCGCUCCUUAUACAACAACAAUUGCCACAACAACUAUUGUCACGUCCGGCGGCUCAACGCAGUCAUUAUACGACCAAUGUGGAGGCACUGACUGGACAGGUGCCACUGCUUGCAACACUCAAGCUACCUGCACUUCAUAUAACCCCUAUUACUAUCAAUGUGUUCCAACAGCAAAUUGA